CGGGGAGUAUGUACUAGCGUGGCUGGUUCGGCGUCGACCUAUUUGUCCAAAAUCAUCAUCAGCUGGCCAGUCAUCUCGAAAGAAAUCAAAUAAAAAUCAUGGCCACCAUCGACUCGUUACCUUACUAUGAUCGCGAUCUCGAUGUGAUUCCCAACCUCCGCCAGAGGAUCGAGCGAGAAAUCGAACUUGAAUUAAAAUCAACACCUCAACCACCUUCCAAUACAGAUCAGACGCCUACCUAUCACCCUUUCUUGUCCGAGUUCCCAGAUCUACUUGCAUCGUCAACAAGACCGUCCAGGCUAGCAGAUAAAUCGGAUCCUAACUACCAAUCCGACGGUUCGAAAGAUUCCCUAGAUAUCGAGCGAUUCAAUAUUCCCUAUCCCGAUGAUCACACUAGUCUGAAAGAUUGGGAGGAUGCAUUGUCAAACGCCAAAUCUCAGCUGGAACAUCAGCGACUGCGUCUGAUCAAUCUGGAUCUGAUUGGUAAACAUGGCGCCAACCAUUGGAAACUAUCGAACUUUUUAGUUGAUCAGGAAAUCUCUAAACUCGACAAGCUAGUGGAUCACUACAAAAACGAAAUCGAUGACGUUAACCGUCGUCGAAAAGCCCACCAGACCGAUGUAGGAGACAGGUUGACCGAUCUAGCUCAAAAGUGGCAAAACUUGGUCUCCACAAACAUUUCUCUUGAAAUUACUAACAUCAAUCUGAAACUCGAGAUGGAAGCUUUACAGCAAGAGGCAGUCACCUUAAAACAGAAAGUUAGUACAUAGCUUGGAGUCCUUUGUUGUGCAAUUUAAUCAACCAACUGGGAAGCGGCUCCCACUACCCACAUCCUGGCCCCAAACAACAACCAUAAUUAGCAAUUUGAAUAUCGCAUUGUACUAGAGUUAAAGUGAAAUCCAAGAUUCCAACCAAUCCGA